AUGGAGAAAAAGUUCAGGAACAGAAGAUAUGGAUAUGAAGAAGGGCAAUUUUUUUCUGUAUGUUCUUAUGACGGGAAAGCAUUGUAUAAAGAAAUAGUAAUGGCUACAGAAGAGUUCAAUGACAUAUUUUGCAUUGGGAAAGGGGAUUAUGGAAGUGUUUAUAGAGCAGAGCUUCCAUCAGGCGAUGUGAUAGCCGUAAAGAAGCUUCACCACGUGCCUGAGAUGGCGAUGCAUAGAAGUUUCUUGAAUGAGAUAAAGGCCUUGACAGAAAUCAAGCAUCGAAACAUUGUGAAACUCUUUGGCUUCUGCUCAAAUUCUCGGCACUCAUUUUUGGUUUAUGAGUACCUUGAAAGAGGAAGCUUGGCAAAAAUUUUGAGCAUGGAAGAAGAAGCUAUGGAGUUAGACUGGCAGAAGAGGUUGAAAAUCAUCAAAGGCAUAGCUCAUGCUUUAUCUUACAUGCAUCAUGAUUGUUCACCAGCAAUUGUACAUCGAGACUUAUCAAGCAACAACAUUUUGCUUGAUCCAGAAUAUGAGGCUCACAUUUCUGAUUUUGGUACUUCUAAGUUUCUGAAAAAUGAUUCAUCUAAUUGGAGUUCUCUUGCUGGCACACUUGGAUAUGUUGCACCAGAAUUUGCCUACACAAUGAAAGUAACUGAAAAGUGUGAUGUUUAUAGCUUUGGGGUCCUGACAAUGGAAGUAAUCAAAGGAAAGCAUCCUGGUGACUUGAUUGCUUAUCUAAUGUCUUCAAAGCCUGAAAACAUAGAACUGAAAGACUUGCUCGACCAAAGACUUCUGUACCCCAGUCAAGAAAUUGAAAGGAGUCUGAAAUCCGUUCUCAAACUAGUAAGAGCUUGUCUACAUGUUGAUCCUCAAUUUAGGCCAACAAUGCUCUUUAUUACCAGGUUGUUAUCAACUGGUGCAUCAUAUGAGUAAGAUCUUUACUGCAGUGCCUCCUUUUCCUACAGGAUAGUACUAUCAGGCAUCAGCAGAAGAUAAUAUGAUGAAUAUGGCAGCUUAGUUAGAGGAUCAAGUUUCUGCGUAAACCAAGUUGUCGUGGCAGCUUAAAAAAGGAGGAAAAAAUAAAAAGGUUGUUGUGGCAGCUGUGU